AGCAGCGACGGACGCCGACGUGCUCGCGCCGCGCCGCGCGCCGCAUUAACUCCGCCCUUGAGCGCUCGCUCGUCUCGGCUCGCGCCGGCAGUCGCGUGACACAUGCAGACAUGCUUGCUUGCUCCCGAACGGCAAGCUAGCGCCGCCAGAUAUGACCUGGCCAUGUCGUCCAUGCACGCCUGCCUGCCUGGUUUCCACCGGAGAUUAGCAGCGGCGGCUGGCGUGCAAGCUAACCGGGUUCGUACAGUUGUGCGAUGCGCCUUCGAGAGGCGACGGUGCUGUCCACGUACGUCUAGGUCCAGCUACUGUACGUAUGGCCCAUGGCGUUGCAGCUGGUUCAAUUCAGUAUAAAUAUAUGCUUCGGCAAGGCUACACACUUCGUUCCACUCUUGCGAUUGGCAGUCACAGCAGUACUUGCAAUUAACAAGCUGGUGCUGCGUAGACCAGACCAGAGGUUGUGUGUCGUCAUGGCGAAGGCGCAGGCGGCGGCGAGGUUCAUGACUGAGGUGGCGCCGCCACAGGUGGUGUCCAUCAUGCGGCGGAGGAAGGUGUCUAGGAGCCUCGAAACCAUCGCCGAGGAAGACAGGGAGCAGCUGGCGUACGGACCGGACCACGGCCUCCACUACCACCAGGCCGCCGCGGCGAAUUCGAGCGGUUUCGCGGCGGCGUGGCCGAAGAGGGCGCCGCCGCAGGCGCGCGCGCGCACGGGCAAGUUCACGAGGGAGCUCAGCAAGUACUUCUCGGACGCCCACGGCCAGGACGGCAGCUGGGAGGAGAGUGGUCACAAAGGCCACCGGCGAGUGGUGUAUGCACAGCAAUUGCGCAAAAACGGUGCAUGAAGAGCCCCGGCUAACUAUGCAAUCGAGUUAGUGUUAUGCAUGAUCGAUUAAGUUGGAUCCAUGAAAAAAAGAAUAAGAUAUAGUGAGCAUGUUGGGGGGAGUACUCCAUAUUUAGUUGUAUUUUCCAUAGUGUUAUUUGGAUAUGGAUAUAGGUGUCAGAAUUU